AUGCCGAAAAAAGUUAGCAAAGCGGCCAAAUUGAAAACACUCUACCGCAACCGUUCGAACAUCUGUAAUUCAGCAGAGCUGAUCCAGACAUUUGACAAUGAUUAUGUACCGGAUCAUGCUAACCAACUUCAAAUUAGAAUCCAACAUUUGGAUGAACUUUGGAGGGAUUUCCAGACAAUUCAAGAUCAAAUCGAGGAGCUAGAUGAGCCCGAGGAAGAUUUUAGUGAGGAUAGACGGUAUUUUCAAAAUCUUUACUUCGCACUGAAAGCAUCCCUGUUGAGCAAGGUUCCAGCAACUCCUCAGAUACCACAACAUGCCGCUAUAAACUCUCCACCUCCGACAUCAGUGGCUAAUCUCCGCCUUCCGGAAAUAAAAUUAAAGGAAUUUUCGGGCAAUUUUGACGAAUGGGAAUCAUUUAGCGAUCUUUUCAUUUCCCUAAUCGAUUCGAAUCAUCAGCUGACGAUGGUACAGAAACUUUACUAUUUGCGAGCUUCAGUUACUGGCGAAGCUGCUCGAAUGAUAUCUUCCCUCGACAUCACCUCAAACAAUUACUUGGUCGCAUGGAAUUUGUUGAAAGAUCGGUUCGAAAAUAAACAUAUGCUAAUUAAAAGACAUAUGGGUAGCUUGCUUUCUAUUUCUCCUCUCAAGAAGGAAUCGGCAUCAGAUCUUCUCGACUUAGCCGAUGAAUUCAACCGCCAUGUUCAACUUCUGGACAAACUAGAAGACAUCGAAGACCAUUGGAAUUCGUUCUUGGUCGAACGAUUGAGUAGUUAUCUUGAUCCCGUCACACUCCGUGAAUGGGAAACUCAAUCUGUUGGCGAAAUCAGACCAACUUACAAACAAAUUCUCGAGUUUAUUCAGAAGCGAUCUCGAAUCUUGCAAACUCUCAGGCUCUCCCAAAUAUGUACCAAUUCAACAACGGAAAGCAAGCCCAAACCACGUGUAUCUACGACUCACGUGAGUACAUCAAACGACACUAAGUGCAUUUGUUGCCAGCAAACACAUUUCCUCUUCAUGUGUGAUAAAUUUGUAGAACUUACACCACAUGAACGCUUCAAUUUGACGAAGAAACAUAGCCUUUGCAUUAAUUGCUUGAAAGGAGCUCAUAUGGCGAAGGAUUGCACCAGCGGAGUAUGCAAAACUUGUGCAAAAAAACACCACACACUCUUACAUCUGCCACCACUGACAACGUCUCUAGUUGGGCCCAGCGGCCGUCAGUCUCAGCACAGUUCCUUCGCGGGUGCGAGCGAUUCUCAAAAUUGCGAAGUGUCGGAAAUUGGUUCGGUCGGUUUGACAGAAAGCUCGCGGUCUUUUAACCUUCGGAAUGCCUCACCACACUCGUCGUCAACUCUCGGUUACACUCCUCCCACGUCGGUUGUAUCGUCUAAUCCAAAUCCACCUCCUAACGCCUGCCAAAGCGUGAAGAUGAUCCACGAUCAAACUACAAUACUUCUCUCUACCGCAGUGGUUAAGGUUCGGGAUGCGAACAACAAUUUCCAGUUGGCCAGAGCACUUCUGGAUAGUGGAUCACAGCCCAGCUUCAUUUCGGAAGCUUUGUGUCAGAGGCUUGGUCUCAAGCGGAAAAAAAUUAACACGCCGAUUAGUGGCAUCGGACAGUCAAUGGUCAACGUACGUUAUGGAGUGACGCUUCCGAUUGCUUCUCGCUUUGGAAAUUUUGAAUCCAGCCUAGAAUGCCUCGUUUUACCGAAACUCACCGUCGCGCUACCCAGCCACAAUAUCGAUAUAACUCAUUGGCGUAUUCCACCACACCUGCUUCUAGCGGAUCCGCAUUUCCAUAUCAGUCAGGGAGUUGAUGUCAUUAUAGGCGCUGAACUGUUCUUCACAUUGUUGGAAAAAGAGCAGAUCAGUAUCGACGUUGGAUGUCCACUCCUCCAAAAAACUGUUCUUGGUUAUAUAUUCUGUGGCAAGUUUACUGAAAAAGUCCCUUGCACUCUUGCGCUGGCGAGCCACUAUUGCUCUGGUGAAUCUCUCGACUCACAAUUGGAACGGUUCUGGGAGAUCGAGAGCUUUGAUGACCACAAAGCUUACACGGCAGAUGAGCAGUUUUGUCAAGAUCAUUUUCGUCAAACAGUUAUGAGGGAUAACAAUGGUCGUUACAUUGUACGACUGCCGUUGCGGGAAGAGCUGUCUUCGAAGAUCGGUGAUUCGUACACUCCAGCUCUCCGUCGUUUCUUGUCCAUGGAAAAAAGGUUUGCCGUCGAUGAAGGUCUACAGACUGAGUACACAAAAUUCAUGGAGGAAUAUGAGCAGUUAGGGCAUAUGGAGGUGAGUUCGCGCUCGUUUAACGGUCCACAAUUUUUCCUUCCCCACCAUGCCAUCCACCGCCCAGAGAGCACAACCACGAAGAUUCGAGUGGUGUUUGAUGGAUCUAGUCGUGCAUCUAACAACGUGUCAAUCAACGAUGCUCUGUUUGUUGGCCCUUCGGUGCAACCUGUACUAUACUCUACCGUCAUCAAUUUUCGAAUGCCACGCUAUGUUGUAACCACCGAUGCAGAGAAGAUGUUUCGGCAGAUUUGGGUCCAUCCGGAUGAUCGCCGAUUCACACAAAUCCUGUGGAGAAAUAAUCCGUCGGAACCGAUUCAAGUAUACCAACUCAAAACCGUUACAUACGGCCUCGCCAGCUCUCCGUUUCACGCCACUCGUGUUCUUGAACAGUUAGCUUCAGAUGAUGGAGAACGAUAUCCUUUCGCCGUGCCAGUAAUUCGAAAAGGAAUGUAUGUUGAUGAUGUUCUGACUGGACACGAUGAUCUUCCUACUCUACAGGAAACCUGCAGGCAAUUAAUUUCCCUUUUGGCGGGCGCAGGUUUCGUGUUGCGAAAAUGGGCUACUAACAAUGUCGCAGCCUUGGCCAACGUUCCAACAGAGCUGUGGGAGACUUCCAACCCACUGGAGAUCGAUCGUUCGUCUGCUGUUAAAACACUCGGCUUACUUUGGUUUCCUCAAUCCGACAAAUUCGCAUUCAAGAUUCCAGCACUUCAGGAACUAAACAUACAAACAUACAAACAAGCGAGUGGUGGUGUCCGAGAUGUCGAGCCUGUUCGACCCCAUUGGCCUCCUUGGUCCUGUCGUCAUCACUGCCAAGAUGUUUGUGCAAACCCUUUGGGCGGAGAACCUAUCCUGGGAUACCGAGCUUUCGAAGGAUUUUCAAGAUUGGUGGUUGAACUAUCGUACUGA